CGCGCGGGCGCUACAACCCUUUCAUACUCGGCUUCAGCUUUUGUCGACGACUCCAUCGUUUAGUUCGUUGGACAGACAGAGGCAUCCGUCAGCAAGAUGCAGAUUUUCGUUAAGACCCUCACGGGCAAGACCAUCACCCUUGAGGUGGAGUCUUCGGACACCAUCGACAAUGUGAAGGCCAAAAUUCAAGACAAGGAGGGUAUCCCCCCGGACCAGCAGCGCCUGAUCUUCGCUGGAAAGCAGCUCGAGGAUGGCCGCACCCUCAGUGAUUACAACAUCCAGAAGGAGUCGACCCUCCACUUGGUGCUCCGCCUGCGUGGUGGUGCCAAGAAGCGCAAGAAAAAGACCUACAACACCCCCAAGAAGAUUAAGCACAAGCGCAAGAAGGUCAAGAUGUCCAUCUUGAAGUACUACAAGGUGGAGUCCGACGGCAAGAUCAAGCGUCUCCGUCGCGAGUGCCCGUCCGCUGAGUGCGGUGCUGGUAUCUUCAUGGCCUUCCACCAGGAUCGUCAGUACUGCGGCAAGUGCGGCUUGACCUACACGUUCCAGCCCGGUUCGAAGCCCCCUGUGGUCUAAGUUGUGUGUCUUGUCGGUGCUCCGGCGCUAUGUUGCGCUCGUGUACUUUGCUGUUGUCCAUUACAUGAGUAAUGUAUGUAAACUGCGUAUAACGUGCCCCAAAAUCCAGUGCCAACAUGAGGACU